UAGAUUCUGCCCAGUGAUUUUUGAUUUUUGGACACAAAUUCGUCAGAUGGUUUGUCUUACUCGGUCAAGAUUCAUGCUGAUCUGCGUCAUAAACCUGAACACCGAAUGGAUGGCAAGAGACUCUCUCUCUCUCUGCACAACGCUCCCCCAAGUCAAGGCCAGAGUGUCACGGACGGUUCUGCCCCUCAUCGGACACGCUCUUCGCGGCAGUGCUCACAGCUCUGGGUCAAAGGACCAUUCAUGCCCCCUUCCUGAGAAAGCGUAAAGCCAACAGUCUCGCCAGUCGCACAUCGUUCACCAUGCAGAGUCAGAGUGGUCCGAGCAACGGUGGGCAUCUCGUCCAACCUGACGCAUCAGAUCUUUCUGCUCCUGCUACACAAGCAGAAGAGAGCAACACUGCGCGUCAAGCAGGCAUUGCACCGAUCCGAGCAGAGUAUCUGGUGCAGAUCAUUCGAGGCCAAACCGGCCAGCAUGAGCGCGCGCGUGCAGAAGCUGGUCAAGGUGCUGAAGGCACAGAGCACGAUCAGCACGAUGCGGACGAAGCGGAUGAUGCUGCUGAAAGCGCGGGGGCUGUCUGUGGCCACGUUCGCGCUGCAGAAGCAAGGGGGGACGGCGAGGGUCCUUCGAAGAAGCUCAAAGGCGCUGCAAGGAAGAAAGCGAUGAGGGCGGCAGCAGCUCAAGGCGGGUCAGGCGGCAAACAGAACAAAGGCAGAAAGUUUGGUAGGGUGACAGACGCCAAGGGAAUUUGUCAUGCCGCUGCCAGAGGUGCUGCUUGCACGAACGAACACAGUUGCAAGUUCAGCCACGACAUCAAGGGCUACCUGCUCACCAAACCCCGCGACCUCCAUUUUCCACACCAGCCGCAAGCGUCUUCCAGUCUUGUAGGGCUUGAGCCGCACGAGCGGCUGGCGUACCUCGAUGCGCUCUACACCACCACACCUCCCUUUGUUCGCUGGCCUACAGGUGCUGGGGAAAUUGCGGACGAGCCAAAAGAUGAGGACGCUCCUCGGGCUGCUGCCAGAGAUAUAGACGACACAUUGUCCAACCAGACUCGCUGCCCUUCCUUCGAUGCGCAUCGAGCCAAAGAGGCACCCGGCAGCAGUACUGAUACAUGUCCUGCAGGGUGGAAGUGCCGCUUUUUGGGCGCUCACGUCUCUCGCGAGGUAGGGGGACGAUCACUCUCAACCCUAGACAACAUGGAAGGGCUUGCUCUGCUGCGCUUCGGGCCCGGUGCGCACGCAACGGCAGACAAGGGCAAGGCGCGAGUAGCACCUGACGAGCGAAACUAUCCGAACGCAGACAGCAUUCGCGCUCUGUCUCGCAAAAAGUAUCCACUCCCACUCACUCGCGCAGCCACCGCCAUACUCGACAAGGAUCCUCCCAACGCUCAAGCAUCGGGUCGGGUCAUUUUCGAUGCUCAGGCAGCUCGAAGAGCGUAUGCUUCUGAGCAGGCGCAAUCACAAUCCACCAAGCAGCUCGAUGUGCAGAGUGAACCGGGAACGGCUUCCGCCCGAGUUGAUUUUGAAGAGCUAGAGAACUCUGCGGGUGCUUCCUCCGAUCCUCAUGCACUCUCGGCAGCGACGGGGCGGAGGCUGCAUGACGCCGAAUUCAGUGGAAGUACCAUAGGUCAGCUGGAUUCUGCGCGCAUUCGGCCGCCAGAAAAGCGAAGAUUGCAGUGGAAAGGCGAGCUUUACCUAGCCCCGCUCACGACCACGGGGAACUUGCCUUUCCGCCGUAUGUGCACUACUUUGGGCGCCGACAUAACUUGCGGAGAAAUGGGACUUUCAGAGAGCUACAUGCAAGGGUCGUCUAGCGAAUGGAGUCUGGUCAGAAGGUGGGAAGGGGAGCGGAUCUUCGGCACCCAGCUCUGUGGUGGCAAAGUGAAUACGAUGAUCUCGGCCGCAGAAGCUCUAGCCACAGAGGUUGGAGAUGGACUCGAUUUUGUAGAUAUCAAUUGCGGAUGCCCUAUCGACCUGGUUUACAACCGUGGCGCAGGCUCCGCCUUGCUCGACAGUGUCAAUCGCAUGGGUAAAAUCGUGCGAGGUGUCUCUGCAGUGAUGGGCGAGAUACCUGUCACGGUUAAAUUGCGCACGGGCACGUCGGCCACGCGUACAGUCCACAAAGUCUUUCCGCGUCUGCAGACAGACUUCGGAGUGGGCGCCGCCACUUUGCACGGGCGCAGCAGAAAGCAGCGGUACAAGAACGAGGCUUCAUGGGAGUACAUCGGGGAGUGUGUCAAGGCAUAUCGAGACUCUCUCCAUGCUCACAAUGAGGAAGCACGCACUGCAGACGAAGAGGAGAUGCUGCCGAUUCCCAUCUAUGGCAAUGGAGAUGUCUACGACUGGCGUCGCUACUACGAGACAUUGGACAUUUCUGGUGUCGACGGCGAAAUGUUUGCGCGCGGUGCUUUGGUGAAGCCGUGGGUCUUCACCGAAGUCAAAGAGAAGCGCGACUGGGACAUCAGCAGUCGCGAGAGACUAGACCUAGUGCGGCAAUACGCUGAAUGGGGUUUGACUCACUGGGGGUCGGAUACACAAGGUGUCAACACCUGUAGGCGUUAUUUGUGCGAGUACUUGUCUUUCACUUGCAGAUAUAUACCUGUAGGACUCCUAGAGAGCUUGCCUGCCAAGCUCAAUGACCGCCCGCCAGCUUACAAAGGUCGAGAUGAGCUGGAGACGCUGCUCGCCUCAACCCGAGCAUCCGAUUGGGUGAGAUUGAGCGAGAUGUUCCUGGGCAAAUCACCGUCAGAAUUCACUUUCCAGCCCAAACACAAAUCGAGCAGUUACGAGGAUAACGCAGAGCAGCAAGGCUGAGAAGGGUACUUGGGUCAGCGGUCUGAUGGCCUGCGCAAAGCCACCAGUCAGCUUCCAAUGCAACUUGAUAUCUGUUGUAUCGUGCAGGGCCUCUGCGCUUCUGACGCGAGUCAGACGCACCACUACCCAUGCGCUCGCAUGUACGGCGACGAUGCCUUGACUCCGUCAGUUCAGCACUUUCGCACUAACUCGAUGGCGCUUUCUGCGGCGAGCAAGACGAUGCAAGCCUCGUCGAGAAAGAGUGCGCGAUGGGUUUCAGGAACCGAAUCACA